AAUAAAUUGAAGUCUAAAAGCCCAUCUGCUAGUAUGGAUCUUAAUGAAAUCGAAGAAGAGAGUGUCAAACAGAUGUUUGAGACCCCAAAUCAUGGGAAAAUAGCUGAUAUGAUAAAGCAAAUAGAACUCUCUGAUGGAGCUGAUUUUACAGAUCUUGAACAAUCACCAGAAGAGAACAAAAGUUCUCACUCUUCACAAUUUCCUGAAGUUAUUGAACAUCAUGAAUCUGUGAGAAAAUCAGAACACACAGAACAUCCUAUACAGAAAAGGUUGUUUAAUAUGUCCUCUUCGUCUUCUGAGGACCCUGAGGUUUCAGAACCAGAAGAAGCCUGAGGCUCUUCAGACUCUCCUGUCUGUGAACGAUCAGAGCCAACUCGGCUACAUGCUUUAGUCAACAAGAUCAAUAUCUCAGAGGAAGAGAUUGAUAAGGAACUUCAGAGGUACGAGACUAAACAGAAGGUAAAGAAGAUCAUUGAAAGUCAAAAGCAAUACAAAUAAGGAUCAAGAGUUUGUAGAGAAGAACCAUGAUAUCAAAUGUCUUAACAAAUAUCUUCAGCAGCAGCAAACUCAGAUUAAUGAGCAGAAUGAGACUAUUGCAAAGCUGAGAGAAGAGCUACUUAGGAAACAAAGAUUAUGUAGAACUGGCAAAGGUGAGCCUCAGCUAUUAUUAUAGAAAAUCAUAGUGAAAACUCACGAAUGUCUGAGAGAGAAGUCUACCUCACUUUAAAAAACCGCAAACUCAAGGCAACCUUGAAGGAGGCUAAAGAAGAGCUUGAACGAAUGAAACAAGACGUACAGGCUAAUAAUGAUAUUCAUAAGUUGAAAGAGGAAAUCAAUGUGUUGUUGAAAUAUGUGCAAAAGCAUAAGCUAAUGGAGCCAAAAUAA